AUGGCUGUUAGUGGAAGAAGAUCGGAUAGUGAUGACACGCCAGUAGAUGUUGACACUCUUUUAGAUAAUAUUGAGGCACCAGAAGAAUUUGACUGGCGAGACAAAAAUGUUGUGACUGAUGUCAAAGAUCAACAAGGUUGCGGUGCUUGUUGGGCGUUUAGUUCUACAGGUGCUGCAGAAGGCCAGUAUGCUAUAAAACAUUCGGAAUUGCUUUCUUUGUCAGAAAAGCAGCUGAUUGACUGCUGGGAUCAAAGCGGAGGUUGCACAGGCAAUGCUCCAGAUAGGGGACUUAAUGCCGCAGCUAAAAUGGGUGGUUUUAUGUUGGAAAGGGAUUAUCCAUACAAGCCAAGUCAAAAUAAAUGUUCGUUUCAAAAGAACAAAGUAGCAGUGCGAGUUAAGGGUGGGCGCACCGUGACAGUGGAUGACGAGGAAAAACUCAAGGAUUUGGUUUAUCAGACAGGUCCUGUUUCGACUGGGUUCUACGCGAACAAAGAGUUUAGCUCGUACAGAGGUCAAAUGUACGACGGUAAAGGUUGUCCGAAAGGAAAGAAACCCAACCACGCUAUGCUCAUCGUAGGUUAUGGUGUUGAGAACGGAACGCCAUAUUGGAUGAUAAAGAACUCUUAUAACGUUCAUUGGGGAGCUAACGGAUACCUGAAGCUAAUUAGAGGCGUAAAUGCUUGUUCUCUUUUAAAUUAUACUGCUGUAGCUGAAGUCGAAUGA